AUGACCAACACAAAUACCAGCACAGCGGCGACAUCACCCUACAUCAACCUCGACCUCCUUACAUCGGACGACUUUUCACCAUAUACACACGCCAACAACCUAGUACUGGCAAGCAACAACCCUUCUGACCUCUCCAUCGACCUGACAACACCACUUUCACGAGUACUAUUUGACCUGCAAGAGAUUGACUCGCACAUUCACACGCUUACAUCCCGGUCCGCACUCGAAAUACUGACAUAUACAUCGACGCAGAACGAAGCGGCACAACGAAUCCUGUCGCGGGUAGACGACGAACGAACCCGGCUAGCAAUCAGCUACGAGCGGCUAGAGAAGGAAGUUCUGGAGCGGCACCAGCGUGCGGUCGAGGCCAAGACGGCGGCACAACGUAGCUGGGAGGUCCUCCGGCUCGGACGGGGCGUGCAAAGGGUCCUCGGCCUUGCACGCCAACUAGAAGUCGUGCUGGCCGAGUCCAGCCUGGGAGGCGGAACCAGAAUCGGCAAAGAAGACCACAACGCUCUCGUCCGUGCCAGCCUCACUGUUCUCGCCUUCCGCGAUUCCAUGAGCGGCAAAGACGGCAACGACCUCGGCAGAGUCAACCUGGUCAAGACUGUGCGUGGAAGAGUGUUUGAAGACGGCGAGGCUCGCAUUCUCGACUACGCUAGGAGAGUGGUCCGAGAAUUCUCCAUGAGCACCCUUUCAUCUGGCCCAUCGAGCAUGAGUACCAGCACGAGCGCAUUAGGGAACACGGGACCAACCUACCGCGAAGCUGAAGACAGUCGCGCACGAUUCACCAGUGCGGUCCACAUACUCUACUAUCUCUCCCCGGCGCCGCGCCUCGACGGGGCAAAGAUCGCUACGAGCGAUUUCGAACCCGAGUAUUUCUUACGUGCGAUUCAAGGCUACAUACAGAGCGCGAUCACGUCCAGCUCAGCCUCGAUAGGGCGGGCUCUGGGACAGCUACCGAAUCUAGAUAGAGCGUUGAUGGAGGCGAGCGCCAGAUGUCAGAACAUCGUGGCGUUGGAGGUGCUGCUGCGCGGAAUUCAUGCCCCUGACCACCCAUUGUUGGCAACACCCGGGCGGGAGACUACGAAAGAGAGAGUUGCCGAUGACAGCAGCGAAGAUGAUGAUGACUCUUUGGACGGCGCCGACAAGUCAACUUCGUCGUCCUCAGCGUCUUCUGAGACCCUUUUGUCACUACUGUUGAGCGCACUAGACACUGCAUCCCUGCCUUCCUAUUUCUGGCGCUCACUGGCAUCAUCCCUGUCAACCCGUGUCUCGGAGAUAUUGAACCGAGGAGGCGUCGCAGCUCGCACGCUGCGUAGCCAGCGCGAUACGGUCCGCGCUGAGAUACGAGACUGUGUCCUGCGUGGUUCCAAGCUGCCGAGGAGUGUGGUGCUAGGAGGCGCCAGGAAGGCCGAGGAAGAAGUGGUGGAAAACUGGGAGAGGGAGGCCGCCGUCAUGGUCGGGAGUGUUGUCGGCCUGUUGCAGCGCUAA